UGUGUGCGGUGUGUCAGUGGCGGUAAUGUUAUGGAGGUGUGCGGUACCGGCGGGCGGCCGGAGGAGAUGUGAGGCCCGCGCGGAACCGAAGCGAUUAAUCGGCGGGAGAGCGGCGGAGUUCGAGAGGCGGGGGUCCUAACACUGUUCUGAUCCGGAGGAGAACCGAACCGGACCGCGGAAAAUGGUGGUUCUGAAGAUCAGAGAGCAGCCGCCUCUGAUUAAAGCUAUCUUUAACGUUCACCCUGACGAGGUCCGCUCCCUCAUCUUUACCAAGGAGGACGUGAAUGUUCAGGAUAAUGAGAAGAGGACGCCGCUGCACGCCGCUGCGUAUUUAGGAGAUGCUGAAAUUAUAGAGCUGCUGAUUUUAUCAGGAGCAAGAGUAAAUGCCAAAGACAAUAAGUGGUUGACCCCUCUGCACCGGGCAGUGGCCUCCUGUAGUGAGGAGGCGGUGCAGGUUCUGCUGAAGCACUCGGCGGAUGUGAACGCGCGGGAUAAGAACUGGCAGACGCCGCUGCACGUAGCCGCCGCUAAUAAAGCCGUGCGCUGCGCCGAGGCUCUGGUUCCACUGCUCAGUAAUGUGAAUGUGUCGGACCGGGCGGGUCGGACCGCCCUGCACCACGCUGCCUUCAGCGGACACCUGGAGAUGGUGAGAUUAUUACUGUCCAGAGGAGCGAACAUCAACGCCUUCGAUAAGAAGGACCGGCGGGCCAUCCACUGGGCUGCGUAUAUGGGUCAUCUGGAGGUGGUGAAGGUGCUGGUGUCUCAUGGUGCGGAGGUGGUGUGUAAGGAUAAGAAGGCGUACACUCCGCUACACGCUGCUGCAUCCAGCGGGAUGAUGGGUGUAGUGAAGUACCUGCUGGACCUGGGGGUGGAUAUAAACGAGCCGAACGCGUACGGGAACACGCCGCUGCACGUGGCCUGCUAUAACGGGCAGGACGUGGUGGUGAACGAGCUGAUCGAGUCGGGAGCGAGUGUGAACCAGAUAAACGAGAAGGGCUUUGCUCCUCUGCACUUCAAUGCAGCGUCGCGGCACGGAGCGCUCUGCCUCCAGCUGCUGGUCGGGAACGGAGCCGACGUCAACAUCAAGAGUAAGGAUGGGAAGACUCCUCUGCACAUGACGGCGAUUCACGGCAGGUUCUCUCGCUCUCAGGCGCUGAUUCACUACGGUGCUGAGAUAGACUGUGAGGAUAAAAAUGGAAACACACCUCUGCACAUCGCCGCCAGAUACGGCCACGAGCUGCUCAUCAACACGCUCGUUACCAACGGAGCCGACACCUCCAGGCGAGGUGUUCAUGGCAUGUUUCCGCUGCACUUGGCCGCCCUCAGCGGAUUCUCCGUCUGCUGCCGUAAACUCCUCUCUUCCGAUUAUGAUAUAGACACUCCUGAUGAGUUGGGAAGGACGUGUGUACAUGCUGCAGCAGCCGGAGGGAAUUUAGACUGCCUCAAUCUUCUCCUGAACGGAGGAGCGGAUUUUAACAGGAAGGACAGUUUUGGCAGGACUCCUCUGCACUACGCGGCGGCGAACUGUAAUUAUCAGUGCCUGUUUGCGAUGGUGGGGUCGGGGGCGAGCGUUAACGACCUGGAUAAGAGAGGAUGCACCCCCCUGCACUACGCCGCCGCCUCCGACUCGGACGGGAAGUGUUUGGAGUAUUUACUGAGGAACGAUGCUAAUCCCGGGAUCAGAGACGUUCAGGGAUAUAACGCAGUUCACUACGCCUCUGCGUACGGACACCGCCUGUGUCUGGAGCUGAUUGCGAGUGAGACUCCUCUGGAUGUGUUAAUGGAGACGUCAGGAGCCGACGUACUGAACGACUCGGACACAUCCGCUCCCAUCAGCCCCCUGCACCUCGCCGCGUACCACGGGCACCACCAGGCUCUGGAGGUUCUGGUUCAGUCUCUGCUGGAUCUGGACGUGAGGACGGCGCAGGGACGCACGCCGCUGGAUCUGGCAGCGUUUAAAGGUCACGUGGAGUGUGUGGACGUUCUCAUCAACCAGGGAGCCUCCAUCCUCGUCAAGGACUACACCCUCAAACGCACCCCCAUCCAUGCAGCAGCAACAAACGGACACUCAGACUGUCUGCGGUUACUGAUCGGAAACACUGACCUGCAGAGUGCAGUCGACUUUCAGGACGGAAUCGGGCAGACUCCGCUGAUGCUGGCUGUGUUGAGCGGACACACCGACUGCGUUUACUCGCUGCUCAACAAAGGAGCAAACGUCGAAGCCAAAGACCAGUGGGGGCGCACCGCUCUGCACCGAGGGGCGGUGACGGGACAUGAGGAGUGUGUGGAGGCGCUGCUGCAGCACAGUGCCAGUUUCAUGGUGCGAGACUGCAGGGGGCGCUCUCCAGUUCACCUGGCGGCGGCCUGUGGGCACGUGGGGGUGCUGGGGGGUCUGCUGCAGGCGGCGCAGUGUGUGGAGACCGCCCCCGUCAUCACCGACCGCCAGGGAUACACCCCCCUACACUGGGCCUGUUAUAACGGUCAUGAUACCUGUGUGGAGGUGCUGCUGGAGCAGGAGCUGUUCCACAGGAUGGAGGGGAACACCUUCAGCCCGCUGCACUGCGCCGUAAUAAACGAUAACGAGGGAGCAGCAGAGAUGCUGAUCGAAACACUCGGUCCUGCCAUCGUCAACACUGCUGACUCUAAACACAGGACCCCGCUCCACGCUGCAGCGUUCACUGAUCAUGUGGAGUGUGUGCAGCUGCUGUUGGCUCAGGGCGCUCAGGUGAACUGUGUGGACGCUGCAGGUAAAAGUCCUCUAAUGAUGGCGGCUGAGAACGGCCAGACCAACGCUGUGGAGCUGUUAGUGAGCAGUGCUAAAGCUGAGCUGACUCUACAGGACUCCAAAAAAAACACUGCUCUACACCUCGCCUGCAGUAAGGGAAACGAGACCAGUGCCUUACUGAUCUUAGAGAAGAUCACCGACAGAAACCUCAUCAACUCCACCAACACAGCACUACAGACGCCGUUGCACGUGGCUGCCAGGAACGGGCUCACGGUUGUGGUGCAGGAGCUGCUGGCUAAAGGAGCGAGUGUGCAGGCUGUUGAUGAGAAUGGUCACACCCCCGCCCUCGCCUGCGCCCCCAAUAAAGACGUGGCGGACUGCCUGGCACUCAUCCUGGCCACCAUGAUGCCCGUGGGCCCCAGUCCCAGUUUGAGCUUCAGCUCCAUCAACCACUACAGUCCAGUGAAGAGCCUGAGCUUCAGCAGCCUCCACCCAAACUCCUCCUCCUACUGCAGCUUCAACAGCAUCCGCCCCCAAAACCACGCCUUCUACAGAGAGGAGGAGCUCAACGACUCCGACUCAGAGACCUACUGACACACUCAACCACAGACAGACCUACUGACCCACAGACAGACCUACAGACCCACUGACAGACCCACUGACAGACCCACUGACAGACCCACUGACAGACCCACUGACAGACCCACUGACAGACCCACAGACAGACCCACAGACAGACCCACAGACAGACCCACAGACAGAUCUACUGACAGAUCUACUGACAGACCUACUGACCCACAAACAGACCUACAGACAGACACACUGUCAUAAUCACCCUGAGGCAGCCUGGCCCAGCAGCCGGUCACUGCACAGAGCCUUAAGACCAACAUUACACAAUCACACACACACACACUACACACACACACACACUACACCCUCUAUACACACACACACACACACACACACACUAUGGGCACAGCAAGCUGGGACCAAACACGUUCUCCUGUACAUCUUUAUAGCUGGAUUCUAAAGACUUGAUGAUGAUGAUGAUGAUGAUGAUGAUGAUGAUGAUGAAGACAGUGGGGUAGAGGCUGAUCCAGAUUGUUCUCAGAGGUCUGAAUAUUUACGCACAUUUAAUUCCGUAAAUUUGGUAAUUUACAUACGGGGAGAGUUUAAACAGAGACAGAUUAUAUUAUAUAUAUAUUUUUAAAAGUGAGAUUUUAAUACAGCGCCCUCUACUGGAACACAAUAGAUCCUAUUUUCAAACCACAGGCUGGAAACAGACAUCAGCAUCGUAACUCGAGCAGCAGUGCAGCCUGUCCUCUCUUUCAGAAUAAAUUAUUCUUUUAUCUGUUUAUAUUUAUUUUAGUUUCUAUAUUUCAUCAUUUGUGCCUUCAUGAUCUGCUGUGUCUGCAGGAGGAGGACAUUAAUAAAAACACAGAAACUGAAGCGUCACAUCAGCACUGAGGGAACUGAAGGACAGCAGCUGAUUAUUUUUAUGGUGAAAUAUGAUUAUUAAACCUUCUUUUUCUCCAGCUCUUAUUAUUAUAAUGUAGUUUUUUUGGUUGCCUGAUCUGUUGAAAGUCCUCGCUCUGUCAUAAAUGAAUGUUUGUCUCUUUGAUUUUUUGAUUGAUUUAAAACUGGAAUUCUGUUUGUUUGGUUUUGUCUGGAUGAAAGGAGUUCGCUUUCCCGUCUUUCAGCACCAGAGAUUCCUGUUUAUUUUAUUGGUUGAAUGAAUAAAGAUAUGAAUUGUAUCAACAAA